GCGCUCUAUCUCUCUCCAUUUCUCUCUCAUUUUCUGCAUUCUGAUUCCAUCGUGUUUUUUUUCCUUUUCGUUUCUGCAUUCGAUAUCUGCGAAUUUCAUGUUUUCUUGCUGUAUGUGUUUUUCCUCUUUUUGUUGUUGAUACAAUCGCUGAUAUUUAGAUGGAUUGUGUUUUGAGUUGCGUGCGGUGGAUCCGCGGAUCGCCUUUCGUUGAGUUUGCUUCACUAAAAUGUGAUGGUGUUUUAUGAAUAGUUUUCCUGUGUGUGGAGCUGAUCCUUUCUCCUUCUUCGGGUUAUCGGUUUGUUAGAUCUCUUCUUUUCGAGUUUGAUGACUUUCUUAUUAACUAAUGUUGGCUGCGACUGUUUUAAAUAUGUAGCUCUGGAUCAAGAGAGCUUAAACAGAAAGUGUGGUGAUAAAAUGUAUUAUUUUUUAGUUGUGAGGUGAGUGACUUGCUGAGGUUAUCUAAUCUGCUAAUUCUUUUGGCAAAUGGCUACUAUGGCACCUACUUCUGACUCAAGGGGGUCAGGCAGUCAUGCUGUAGGGCUUGAUAGUUUGCCUGAGGAGAUGAAUGACAUGAAAAUCAGGGAUGACAAGGAAAUGGAAGCAGCAAUAGUAGAUGGCAAUGGGACCGAGACAGGUCACAUAAUAGUGACUACUAUUGGCGGUCGAAAUGGCCAGCCAAAGCAGACAAUUAGCUACAUGGCAGAACGUAUUGUUGGACAAGGGUCAUUUGGAGUAGUAUUUCAAGCAAAAUGUUUGGAAAACGGCGAAACGGUUGCUAUAAAAAAGGUUCUCCAGGAUAAGAGGUAUAAGAACAGAGAGUUGCAAACCAUGCGUCUUCUCGACCAUCCAAAUAUUGUGUCUUUGAAGCACUGCUUCUUCUCAACAACUGAAAAGGAUGAACUCUAUCUCAAUCUGGUACUUGAGUAUGUUCCUGAGACUGUUCACCGUGUAAUCAAACAUUAUAAUAAGUUGAACCAAAGGAUACCGCUGAUAUAUGUGAAGCUGUAUGCAUACCAGAUUUUCAGAGCUCUGUCUUACAUCCAUUGUGGUAUUGGAGUGUGUCACAGGGACAUAAAGCCUCAAAAUUUGUUGGUGAAUCCGCACACCCACCAGGUCAAAUUAUGUGAUUUUGGAAGUGCCAAAGUUUUGGUCAAAGGGGAGCCCAAUAUCUCUUAUAUCUGCUCUAGGUAUUACAGAGCACCUGAGCUUAUUUUUGGAGCAACUGAAUAUACUACUAGCAUUGACAUUUGGUCUGCUGGAUGUGUGCUAGCUGAGUUACUUCUUGGACAGCCUCUGUUUCCUGGUGAGAGUGGAGUAGACCAGCUUGUUGAGAUCAUCAAGGUCUUGGGUACUCCAACCAGAGAGGAAAUAAAAUGCAUGAAUCCUAAUUAUACCGAGUUCAAAUUUCCUCAAAUUAAAGCUCAUCCAUGGCACAAGAUAUUCCAUAAGCGCAUGCCUCCGGAAGCUGUGGAUCUUGUUUCAAGACUACUACAGUACUCUCCUAAUCUGCGUUGCUCAGCUCUGGAUGCCAUAAUGCAUCCCUUUUUUGACGAGCUGCGUGAUCCAAACACUCGACUUCCCAACGGCCGAUUCCUGCCCCCACUGUUUAACUUCAAAGCCCAAGAGUUGAAGGGUCUCCCUGCGGAGACCUUGGCAAGGUUGAUUCCUGAGCAUGCGAGAAAGUAGUGUCCCGUCCUGACGUUAUGAUUUCUCGUAGCAACCAGUCGAGCCAUGAAGCGUCGUGCACAAACAUAAUGUAUCUCAGUCUUCAACUUCAUCACCAUGUGGUGUUGUUAUGUGAUAGUAUGACCCUGUUUGCAUGUCUAGGAAACACCUAUUUACUGCUGAUUGCCUGAACACCAGCUUUUACUAUGUUUGUCCAGCUUUUUGGCCUAGAGGUUUUUACCUCAUGUGGGAUAUAUGGAUGACUAUUUAUCUAUAUAUAAUGA